GUACCACUGAGCACUGUGCAUACUGUUGCCAACUGCAUAGCACACAAAGUUGGAGACUUGGAGUAGGCUAUCAAACAGGUGAUGCAUUUAUAGUGAUUACCUAGCCAUUGCAAUCAUGAUUAAGUUGAGCCAAUUAGCCUUUAUCAUGACUUUGUGAUAAAAUGCCAUGUCGCAGGGUUGAGUUGUAUAGCCUGCCCUUGUUGUUGAUGUGCACUUGUUAACUGUACGCUAAUUACCAGCGCGUCUUGUUUUGCGACAGAAGCCUUCCUAUUUCAGUGGACACAGAUCAACACCGAGAGAUAGAGAGAGCUGAGACUUCAAUAUUCUGCCUCACGAGUCAGAGCCAAUCUAGACUAAAUCAAAUAGGAGUGUUGCUUUUUAGAUUUAACGAUUUUAUUUCAGAUGCCUCCCAUUCCAUCAUUGCACUGGGGCAUGCGAGAGUGGGAUUAGGGGAUAGGCUAUAUUGCGCAUGGUGUUUUAUCAGAGGGGCUUUGAUAGGUCUAUCGGUUGUGACAGUCGGACUGAGCCUGCCUGGAAUACAGGUGUUCUUUGGUCAAAUAUGGACGCAGAGCACAUGAUGCAUAGUGAGUAGAUUGUCAACACUCACGACUUCAUCAUCUCAGUUAAACGCACCUCCUCCACCUCGGGAAAAUUGGUAUUCGGUGGAAGAUGAGGUUGUAGCCGCGUCUGUGAAGCGGGAUCUCAGCCGCUCUCCGUGGACUUUAGCAUUUUUCAUGGAUUAUUCAUCUCUGUGCGCCCUCAAUCGAAUGCAGUUCUGACCGUAGGGUGUUUGUUUAGCCUACUAUGGCUGUAGCGUAUCUGCGAAAUGCAUGGCCGUUUCGAAUUAACACCCGGUGAUUAUUACCUGCUGUUAUCUCAGUGAUCAUUCAUUCAGAAGAUUCCUCCUCAGUAUUAUUCAUAAUAUCUCUCGGAUACUCAGCCUACCAUUCAAUAAAGAUAAGGAAAACGGUGGCGGACCCAAGCACAGUGCAAGCUGCAAGGCUUUAGUAGGAUAAACACUCGCCCAGAAGGGAGCAGUUUUGUCGGGGAGAUCAUGUCACAUUGACGCGGCCGGGAUGUGCUUUGUGCUUGAUUAAAGCUCUGUGUGUAAACAGUUCGUAAAUAUAAAAACCUUUAGAGACUGAAUGAUGGUGCCUGGGGCUCCUACAACCAUGCUUCCCGCUUCCGAGGCUGCCAAAAUCUACCAGACCAACUACGUGAGGAACUCCCGCGCUAUUGGGGUUCUGUGGGCCAUCUUCACCAUCCUCUUCGCUAUAGUCAACGUGGUGUGCUUCAUCCAGCCCUACUGGAUUGGAGACGGGAUGGACACGCCGCAGGCCGGUUACUUCGGCCUCUUCCACUACUGCAUCGGAAACGGGCUGUCCCGGGACCUGACGUGCCAGGGCAGUUUCAUGGAGUUUAGCACCAUCCCCUCCGGCGCCUUCAAAGCUGCGUCCGUCUUCAUCGGGCUGUCCAUGGCUCUGGUCAUCGGAUGCAUCGGCUGCUUCACGCUCUUCUUCUUCUGCAGCACAGGCACGGUCUACAAGAUCUGCGGCUGGAUGCAGCUGGCUGCGGGUACGUGCCUGAUUCUGGGCUGUAUGAUCUACCCAGAUGGCUGGGACAGUGACGAGGUGAAGAGGAUGUGUGGGGAGCAGACAGACAAGUACACCCUGGGAGCGUGCUCCGUGCGCUGGGCCUACAUCCUGGCUAUCAUGGGCAUCAUGGACGCCCUGAUACUCUCCUUCCUGGCCUUCGUCCUGGGAAACCGUCAGGAUGGGCUGAUGGCUGAUGAGCUGCUGGAUAAGACUGGUAAUUCCAUAUAAACUGUACAAAGGUGUUGGUGCCCAUCAGAGGUAAAGAUAAUGUAACACAAUGUUCCAGCUUCAUACCUGUCACUCUGGAGGUGGAAAGGAGAGCUACUGCUGUUGGAAAGAACAGAACGAGGAAAAGACUAAUGAAUGAAAGGAGGAGACAUCCACUCCAAGAGAACCCACUUAGUAAAGACCAACCCCUACGGCCCCGUUCUCAUCCAGACAUGACCUUGAUAUUGGCAACAACAGAUGGAAGACUUCAUAUUGUUUUAUGAAAUGAAAUCCGUCACUGAGUGGACACAGUAGGCCGAUUGCUUUAUGGGCGGCAGAUAGCCUAGCGGUUAGAGCAUUGGGUCAGUAACCGAAAGGUCGCAAGUUUGAAUACCUGAGCCGACAAGGUGAAAAAAAAGUCUGCCAUUGUGCCCCCUGAGCAAGGCACUUAACCCUGAUUUGCUCCAGAGGCGCUGUACUACUAUGGCUGACCCUGUAAAACAACACAUUUCACUGCACCUAUCUGGUGUAUGUGACAAUAAAACAUAUUACCAAGUCAUAAGAGGAAGGUUUUGUUUGUGAAAAAGAACAUGAGAUUCUGUCCCACCAUUCAAGGCCCUACCAUAGAAAAACACAAAUUAACCCAGCGUUUCCCAAACUCAAUCCUGGGAACCCAAAGGGGUGCACAUUUUGGUAUUUGCCCUAGUAUUUGACCCAACUGAUUUAAAAUAAUGAACUAAUUGUCAAGCUUUGAAAAUUUGAUCAGUUGGGUGAAAUGCUAGGGCAAAAACCAAAACAUGCACCCCUUGAGGUCCCCUGGACCGAGUUUGGGAAACGGUGAACUAACUCAUGACCACAAGGCUACAGCAUUGGAUUGUUCAGACGUCUGAUCAAACAGAGCAGUCGUCUUUAUUGUGUCAAACUCACCUCUGAACACAGACAGUACACAUGUACCUGGACUGUGGAUUCCUUCUUGACUUGUGUUCCACUCUUUGCUCUUCAUUGGACUCAUCAUUGUAAGACUGUUUACAGUGGGUGAGCAUGGUCCAUGAGAACUGUCUGGCUUGCUGAGCCACCUUACUGGACUCUUUGGUGGAAAGGUUAGAGGUACCCAGCCUUUGGAUGUGGCGCGAUGCUCCACCACUGACACCACAUUUAAAUGUGACUAAGUUGAAGGUACAGAAGAAAUCGUGUAGCUGUAAUGAAUGACUGUUGUGAUAGAAUCAGCGAGGUAGAGAUCAGAGCCAUGUAGGACUAGAGGUCAAGAGCAGGCUGCCAAUCAUUGUGUCCUCGGCAACCCUGGAGAAAACCAUGCUGAAGAACCAUGUAUUAAGUAGAAGAAAAGGCCUAUUAACAAAUACAAAUAGCUGUUCUACGUGUUGGAAUAUUAGUUUGUCUCGACUAUGAUAUUUACAAUCGAUGCAGUAUGUUAAAGCUAUUGAUUCACUUUAGAUGUGUGUGCCAUACAAUGUAUACAGACAGUAUUGUAGAGUAUUGCCAUUUUACUACUGGAAGAAGUGUUUCCAUAAAGUGUGUUGAAUUGUAUUAUCUGGGAAUAUAACCUUAGAAUCCAUCUGCAACUUUAUCACUAGUAGCAAUGUGUCGUUAACGGAAAGUCAUUCUUGCUCUCUAUCCGGCACAUUUUAUCAAUGAAUGAAAAUACAAUUUCUUGAAGGUAAAAAUGUGGAUGUUAUGGCCAUUUUAAAGGGACAGAACUGUUUGAAAAGAUCAGUAGUCUCCAGAGCCCAUGUAAACUCAAGUCACAUAGUUUACCACUGCCACACAAACAGGGCUGCAACACAACUUUGUAACUAGUAUGUCAGCAGUCUACUGCCAGCAGCAUAGCACCCUGCAUCCUACUGCUGGCUUACCCCUGAACCAAAGCAUGGUUGGUCCCAGUUGGAAGACCAGAUGCUGCUGGAAGCAGUGUUGGAGGGCCAGCUGAUAGCUGGUGAGUGUAGUGCUUUAUAAAUCCACUCUCAUUAUGUCAUACAUGUGCCUAGUGUUCUUAUAGGGCUUCUGGGCUGAAAUAAGCUCAACUUAACAUGUGAACCACAGGAAGCUGCUGUGGGGACGGCUCAUAAUAAUGUCUGGGAACGGAGGCAAUGGAAUGGCAUCAUACCAUUCCACUGAUUCCACUCCAGCCAUUACCACGAGCCUGUCAUCCCCAAUUAACCUCCUGUGAUGUGAACGAAUCAACAUGUGAACAUAUUCAUUCAGUCCAACCCCCACCUAUCUUAUUAUACUGGCUAGUCCAACCCCCACCUACCUUAUUAUACUGGCUAGUCCAAACCCCACCUACCUUAUUCUACUGGCUAGUCCAAACCCCACCUACCUUAUUCUACUGGCUAGUCCAAACCCCACCUACCUUAUUCUACUGGCUAGUCCAAACCCCACCUACCUUAUUCUACUGGCUAGUCCAAACCCCACCUACCUUAUUAUACUGGCUAGUCCAAACCCCACCUACCUUAUUAUACUGGCUAGUCCAAACCCCACCUACCUUAUUAUACUGGCUAGUCAAACCCCACCUACCUUAUUAUACUGGCUAGUCCAAACCCCACCUACCUUAUUAUACUGGCUAGUCCAAACCCCACCUACCUUAUUAUACUGGCUAGUCCAAACCCCACCUACCUUAUUAUACUGGUUAGUUCAAACCCCACCUACCUUAUUAUACUGGUUAGUUCAAACCCCACCUACCUUAUUAUACUGACUAGUCAAACCCCACCUACCUUAUUAUACUGGCUAGUCCAAACCCCACCUACCUUAUUAUACUGGCUAGUCCAAACCCCACCUACCUUAUUAUACUGGUUAGUCCAAACCCCACCUACCUUAUUAUACUGGCUGUCUGGUCAGCAAGCAGUGACAGGAUCCAGGCGGUUUCCAAGUGUAGCUGGAGGAGUUGACUGCAUGACAAAGUGUAUUUAUGGGUGAACACUGGGGUGCACAGUCCCGUACAUAUCCGAUAACAGACCACUUCUGUGUGUGGACAUUUACGGACAUGUAUAUGUAAAUCGGAGAUGUAUGGGACACUGUUAGACCCGUAAAUGUGCCUUUUCAUGCAGUGUGUAUGAAAGUUUGGGAUAAACGAACAGAAGAGGUGAGGAACCAGGGAAAGAGGUUUGUCCCAACCAUUCCCCAUGUACAUAAAAACAUGUAAAUAUUACCCAAAGAAUACAAAACACUUGAGGGUCAAAACAGGGGGGAGUGUAAAUAAACGUUACAACAUUCACUGCUUUUGUGUUUCUCUAUGGUGUUUCUUUCAAAUGGAAUGACAUGUGAGGAGUUGUGUUACAAUC